AACAACAACAACAACAACGGCGACGACAGUGAUGACAACAACAACAACAACAACAACAACAACAACACCGACGACAACAACAAGACGCUUGACAUCUACAACUAAAGUGCCUAUGACUACAACUACAGAAUUUGUACCCGUGUAUCUAACAGCUCUGGUGUUUCGCUCUUUUGACAUAUUUAUAGUUGAACUCAGCGAUGUAAACUCUCAGGCUUUCAAGUCAAGGGCUGACCUUGUCAGAUCUCAGCUUGAACCAAUCUACAGAGCAAAAUAUCCUUCCUUCAUCAGAGUGAUUGUCUUACGCUUCAGUCCUGGGUCAAUCAUCACGGAUACACAACUAGUUUUUAACUCCACACAAGCUGUUCCAACCGUUCAAGAGAUUGCGAACUCUCUCUUGACAGCAGUGGAAACAGGAGGUGUCGAUCCACUGAAAAUAAUCCCUACAACAGUUUCAGUCAAUGGUUCAGUUAUAGCUACGACUGUAGCUGCAACUACAACUACAACUAAAACUGCAGCUGCAACUACAGCUUCAAGUGGACUGAAGAUUGAAUCCAGCCUGCUCCAAGCAACAUGGCUUAUUAUUAUGGCAAAAAUAUUACAGCUUUUCCUAUAGAUCCCUUAACAAUGAAUGCAAGUUGUGAGAAAUGCAAGGCAUGUGCAAGGCACGAAUUAUACUUGCAAAUUAUAAUAUUUUUGUAUGUGUAUUAGUAUGUGUAUUAUGUGUUAUUUAGUAUUGUAGCACACUCUCAAAAUAAUGGCAAUGGCAAUAUAAACACAAAGAAUUAAAAAAAAAUGUAUAUAUCAAU